UAUAGAGUGAGACCGCACCUACCCUAAGGGCUAUGUUCGGACUGGAGAGAGAGAGAGAGGAACAACACCUACCUUGAAGCUUAUACCCAGCCUUUAGAGAGAGAGAGAGAGAGAGAGGGAGAGAGAUAGGACCGAGCGACAGAGAUCCCAGUAUAGGUGCAUAGAGAGAGCGAGAGAAUUAUUCGUGUGGUGAACUUUGUAUGCUAGCAGAGGAGAUCCCUAGACUGUAGGAAUCCGAGAUUGUAGUCUGGAAUCUGGAGAGAGAGAUGAAGAUUGAAAAGCAUAGCUCGAGGCUGGUAUACCCUUCCUUUGAAGCCAAACCUUUUACACCUUCAACCUCCACCACCAUCCCCUUAAGCCCCUUUGACCGAGCAGCUGGAAACGCCUAUAUCUCUGUAAUCUAUGCCUACAAAGCUCCAACACCCCCUAACUCCGCCAUUGAGCGUGGCCUUCGCCUCGUGCUCUCCAACUAUCGCGAGUGGGCUGGCCGUCUUAGCGACGAUAAACGAGCCAUCGUCCUCAAUGACAAAGGGGUGCGCUUAAUUGAGGCCACGGCCUCAUGCACGUUAGACGAGGCCAGACCCUUGAAAUCAACUCCCCAACUAUGGGACCUUCACCCGGGCAGCAAAGGCAUCGAGGAGUUAAUGCUAGUCCAGCUCACCCGCUUUACCUGUGGCUCCCUUGUGGUUGGCUACACGUCCAAUCACUUGAUAGCCGAUGGUGAGGCCACAGGUAAUUUCCUCCUGGCCUGGGGCCAAGCAACGCGUGGCCUCAUGGUGCAUCCCGUACCAACUCACGACCGAGCCAUGGUCAAGCCACGCGAGCCGCUCGACGUAGAGUUCGACCACUUGGGCAACGAAUACAUGGAGAAGAGGCUCGUAAAGAACGUUCCAUGGGAAAAAAUGCCGAGCCCGAUUCGAAUAGAAAAGAUCCACUAUUCUCCGGACUUUUUAGCUCGGCUCAAGGCGCUCGCGUCCGUGCGUUGUUCAAGCGAACGUCGCUAUAGCACUUUCGAGUGUCUGGUCUCGCACCUUUGGCGAAAGGUGACGCACGUGCGUAGUGUGGGUGAGGAAGAGACAAGUCAGGUGCGCAUCUCGGUCAACGUGCGCACCCGGCUCGUGCCUCCUAUUGCCGACGGCUACUUUGGCAACUUGGUUUUGUGGGCCUUUCCUCGAGCCACGGUGCGGGAGUUAGUGAGCCAGCCACUGGAAUACGUGGCUGAGGUGGUGCAUGCGGCGAUUGCCCAAGUCAACGAUAUGUACGUGAGGUCCUUUGUGAACUUUGACGCUCUCGUAGAGAAAGAGGCGCGUUGGAGUGAGUUGGUCCCCACGGCGGAAGUGGAGUCGACGGUGUAUUGCCCUAAUUUGGAGGCCAACAGUUGGCUUAGGCUCCCGUUUGGUGAAAUGGAUUUUGGAAGUGGGGGUCCUGAUGUGUUUAUGCCCUCUUACUUUCCUUUGGAGGGGGUAAUGGUGAUUGUGCCAGCGAUCCAUGGGAAGGGGGGAACAGAUGUCUAUCUCUCUCUUUUGGAGUCCAACAUGGACGUGUUUCAGGACAUCUGCCACACCAUAGACUAAGAUCUCCCUCUCUCUAUGUCUAGUGCUGGGUGUCGUGUCUCUUUCUAAGAUCAAAUGGUUAGAUUUUAGUCUCUCCAUGGUUACCCUAUGUCUCUCCUCUCUCUCUCUCUCUCUCACUCACUCAUAUAUCAAAUGAUCAGAAUAGACCCUCUCCAUGGU